AGCCCGAGCACGAGCUGUUCCUGGUGUAUGGGAAGGGGCGUCCGGGCAUCAUCCGUGGGAUGGAUAUGGGAGCCAAGGUGCCGGAUGAGCACAUGAUCCCCAUCGAGAACCUCAUGAACCCCCGAGCGCUGGACUUCCACGCUGAGACCGGCUUCAUCUAUUUUGCUGACACCACCAGCUACCUCAUCGGGCGCCAGAAGAUUGACGGCACGGAGCGAGAGACCAUCCUAAAGGAUGGUAUCCACAACGUGGAAGGGAUCGCUGUGGACUGGAUGGGGAACAACCUGUACUGGACUGAUGACGGCCCCAAAAAGACCAUCAGCGUGGCUCGGCUGGAGAAGGCUGCCCAGACGCGGAAGACACUGAUCGAGGGGAAGAUGACCCACCCCCGAGCGAUCGUGGUGGACCCCCUGAACGGGUGGAUGUACUGGACGGACUGGGAGGAGGAUCCCAAGGACAGCAAGAGGGGCAAGAUCGAGAGAGCCUGGAUGGACGGUUCGAACCGCAACAUCUUCAUCACCUCCAAGACCGUUCUGUGGCCCAACGGGCUCAGCCUGGACAUCCCAGCCAAGAUCCUCUACUGGGUGGAUGCUUUCUAUGACCGCAUCGAGAUGGUCUACCUCAAUGGCACUGAGCGGAAGAUCGUGUAUGAGGGACCAGAGCUGAACCAUGCCUUCGGGCUGUGCCAUUACAGCAGCUUUCUCUUCUGGACCGAGUACCGCAGCGGCAGCAUCUACCGGCUGGACCAGGCCUCCAAGGUGGUGAGCCUGCUCCGGAAUGAGCGCCCGCCCAUCUUCGAGAUCCGGAUGUAUGAUGCACAGCAGCAGCAAGUGGGCUCCAACAAGUGCCGCGUAAACAAUGGCGGCUGCAGCAGCUUGUGCCUGGCCACCCCCCGGGGCCGUCAGUGUGCCUGUGCUGAGGACCAGAUCCUGGGAUCAGACUCUGUCACCUGCCAGGCAAACCCGUCCUACAUCCCCCCUCCGCAGUGCCAGCCCGGGGAGUUUGCCUGCAAGAACAAUCGCUGCAUCCAGGAGCGCUGGAAAUGUGAUGGGGACAACGACUGCCUGGACAACAGUGACGAAGCCCCUGAGCUCUGCCACCAGCACACCUGCCCCUCGGACCGUUUCAAGUGCAAGAACAACCGCUGCAUCCCCAACCGCUGGCUCUGCGAUGGGGACAAUGACUGCGGGAACAAUGAGGAUGAGUCCAACUCCACCUGCUCAGCUCGGACCUGCUCCCCCAACCAGUUCUCCUGUGCCAGUGGGCGCUGCAUCCCCAUCUCCUGGACGUGUGACCUGGACGACGACUGCGGGGACCGCUCCGACGAGUCUGCCUCGUGCGCCUACCCGACCUGCUUCCCCUUGACACAGUUCACCUGCAACAACGGGCGCUGCAUAAACAUCAACUGGCGGUGUGACAAUG